AUGGAUUUAUUGUUCUUCCAUAUAUCCAAAUUGACUUUGCGUAUUAUUUUCGAUUGGCUCAGUGUCAAGCGAAAUGUGUUUACAAGGUCGGCUCCUAUCAUUUUUAAUUCUAUUCUACUUCUUAUCAAUUAG